AUGCCUUUAGGUUUCCUCUCACUGCUCCUCCUCGCAGGAAGAGUAAACUCUUCAGAGGAAUGCAGUUUUCAAGCCAUUUUAAAUUUCCUCGGUCUGACCAGGAGCAGCGACAAGUUUACUGUCAGCCGACCUGUUAAAAGCCAUCGUCAUCUAACUUGGGUGUUCCUUGAGAUGAAGAUCUAUGCCAUACUGGAUGUGGUGAAGAUUGACCAGACCUUCUUGUCCUACAUCUGGGUGUAUUUGCGAUGGCACAAUGAGCACAUUUGGUGGGAACCAGAGAAGUUCUGUGGGAUUGAACAUAUAUUAAUUCCUACUAAAAUGUUGUGGAUGCCAGAUCUGACCAUUGAAGAGAUGACGGAGCAGGAUAAAGCCUCUUCAAGCCCAUAUUUCAACAUCCAACAUAACGGCUUGGUUGAAUUCAGAAAUGACGAGGUGGUUAUCAGCACAUGUAGGAUGCAUGUUUUCAGAUUCCCCUUCGACACUCAGAGCUGCAACCUCUCAUUUAAGUCUAUCAUGCACCCUGAUGAUGAAUUAAAGUUAUACUACAACAACAACAAUUCAGUGAUCACCGAAUGGUCUCGAGAAACGAUGCAGACGCAGUACGAGUGGCUGUUCAUCAGCAUGUCAGUCACCGACAGAACUGUCAACCAGUUUGGCUUCAACCAGACGAUGAUCAUUUACACUAUCAAGAUGAAGAGGAGGUCUCUCCUCUAUAUAGCAAACUUCUUGCUGCCCAUCUUCUUCUUCUUGUGUCUGGACUUGGCGUCCCUCCUGAUGUCUGACAGCGGCGGCGACAAGAUUGGCUUCAAGAUCACGGUCCUGCUCGCCGUCACAGUGAUGCAGCUCAUUCUCAACGACAUCCUGCCUUGCUCCUCAGACAGGAUUCCACUUAUUGCGAUCUACUGCAUCGGGAUCUUCACACUGAUGCUGCUCAGCCUCCUCGAGACCAUUUUGGUGAUGCAUCUGAUCGAUAAAGACAACAAGACAGACACAAAGCAAAGAGGGAACGAGAAGCAAGUGGACAAACAAGAGAUUAAGAAACUUAGUCUCUGUGUAUCGGAUGUGUCGGAUGGUGAAACCCCAUCUGUUGACAGAGAGGGCAGCAGCCGCCACUCAGAGGUGUCCCUCGUCCUGGAGAAGGUCUCAGACGAGCUGGAGGAGAUCAGGAGAACAGUAGCUCUUCUCAGCGGGAGGAAGGAGGAGGAGAUGCCCGAAUACUGGACCGAGCUCGCUGGAAAAAUCAACAAGGAAAGACACAGAGACUGUGGAAUGAUUUUCAAGGCGCUUCUGCAGAAGUCUGGGGAGAAGUCUGAGGAGCUUCAGGGCAACACGGCCCUCCUCUUAGAGCUCGGUCAGGCUGCCAGAGUGGGACAAGAGGUCUCUAUGUCCUUCAGAUCCCCCCUCCCAUCACCAGAUUAG